UGGGGUCAAAACGCUGCGGCGGCCGCGCUGGAUUCCCGGUCCCCCUCCGAUGGAUCCCACCCCGAGCGCUUCCCACCGCCGCCGCCUCCUGCUUCUCUCGCCGGCGUCCCCCGCCUCGCCCGCCGUGGUCAAGGCGCUCUUUCAGGAUGAGCUCUCGCCUGUCUCGGACCUCCGCCUCACUAUGGAGCAGCUGGGGCGCGGGCAGCGUGAAAACCUGGACCAAGACAUGGGAACCAAAAAUGGAUUGCACAGAUCAGCCUCUUCAGAGUCCACAGACUCAGGUUUGGCUUUGGAUUCUCCUGGCCCUGCGAGCUCCCACGACGCCAUGGAGGACACGUUUGAGAAAGCAAUCAAAGCCAGCAGGCUGAACCUUCGAAUACCUUUCAGAAGAAUCCAUUCCCUGCCACAAAGCCUGCUGGGCUCCAGCCCUGCUCUGAAGAGAAACCACUCUGACUCUCUGGACACUGAUGCUUUCCAGCCUUUGGAACAGGAUGAAAAUAAGGAAAAUGAAUCAUUUGAGUUCAAGAAGCCAACCAAACCAGCUUCUCGUGGCUUCCGUGAUGGGAGGGGUGUUCCUGCAGCAAGGCAGAAUUCAUCUCCAGCCCAGCUGCCCGUGGGGGAAACAGCCUCUGGGGAACAGGAGAGCUCCAGGGCAGCCUUCCUGCAGCAGCAUUCCCUGCCCUCCUCGGAGAGUGAGGAUGAUGAUGGCUUCAUGGAGCUGCUGGAUGACCAGGACUUGAAGAACGAUGAGGAGAUGCCCUCGGACGUGUCCAGCCUCUGGACGGCGCCGCUGGUCAUGAGGAGAGCGGACAGCAGGGCCAAGCGGUGCCGGCUGUUUGGCUCUUCAUCCAUGUCAAGCAUUGCAGGAAGAACCACCCAGAAGAGGAUGGAGAGGUCCCAGGAGGAGAAUUCUCCAGGGAAAAGCAAGAAGAGGAAAAGCCUGCCAGGAACUUCUGAGGACUCCACGAGCCUGAAGCUGGUGAGGACCCAGCCCUCCACAGCAGAGAUUGAGAGCAUUUUGGACAGUGACCAGAGGGACCUUAUCGGGGACUUCUCCAAGAGUUAUUUAUUUGACACUGUCGAUGGGAAACAUCAAGAUUUAAAAUACAUCGACUCCGAAAUGAUUGUGUCUGUGCUGACUGGGAAGUUUGAGAGCUUCAUCAAGCAGUGUGUGAUAAUUGACUGUAGAUACCCCUAUGAGUAUGAAGGGGGGCACAUCAAGGGUGCCAUAAACCUGCACAUGGAGGAGGAGGUGCAGAAUUUCCUGCUGAAGAAGCCCAUCCAGCCGUCGGAGGACAAGCGCGUCAUCGUGGUGUUCCACUGCGAGUUCUCCUCGGAGCGGGGCCCGCGCAUGUGCCGGUUUGUGAGGGAGCAGGACAGGCUGAGCAAUGAGUACCCCAACCUGCACUACCCAGAGCUCUACGUGCUCAAGGGGGGCUACAAGGAUUUCUUCUCGAGGUGCCAGAGCUUCUGCGAGCCCCAGAGCUACCGCCCGAUGCACCACAAGGACUUCAAGGAGGACCUGAAGAGGUUCCGCACCAAGAGCCGGACCUGGGCCGGGGAGAAGAGCAAGAGGGAGAUGUACAGUCGGCUCAAGAAGCUCUGAGGGCUGCAGGGACCUGCAAGGACUGCCCAGCCUGGGGGCUGCAGUGGGACAGCCACGUGUUCCUGUGCUCCCACCCCCCUGGGCUGUCCCUCCCUGGGAUCACCUGGACCUCGGCCCCACGAGCCGGAUUCCGGCUGGGAGCUGCCUUGGGAUUCUUUUGGUUACGUUGCUUCGUGAAAAUGUUGUGGCUUCUUGUGUUGUGUGACACCCCCAGAUCGCCCAGGAAGGGUGGGGACAGCCUCGUGGGGCUGGGCUCGGUGUCAGCACUGCCAGGGAAUUGUAGUGCCUGUUAAUUUUUUAAAUGCUUAAUUUUAUUUAAAUACAGUCAAAUGAAGCCAAUACCGCUGCGGUUGGAUCAUCUGGAUUGUACUUAAACCUUGUUUCUGCUCCAGGGCGACCUGCUGGGGGGGAGUGGGGGGUUGUUGUUUUUCUCAAUGCAGUUUUGGUUCUGUGUAGCAUUGUGGGAAGGAAAAUGGGAAAUAUCCCACGAUGGCUCAGGAUUCCCACCUGGGCCAGUGCUACAGGAAGCCCUGGGAGCCCAUCUGAGGGAAACUGCUUCUUGUUCAUAAACAUCACGUUCACCUC